AUGAAUGCUCGGAGGAAAAAUAUGCUUGAGGAAGAAUUUCGUCGGAUAAGUAAACAGGAUCAGGCCGAUCUGAUAUCCUUAUCUUCAUUUUUCACUAGCGGAGAAGUUGCAGAGCUUUUAAAGGAAAAAUUGCUUGCCAAGGCCGAGGUGGAAUCCUUCUGGAUAGGAGAGCUCGGUGACAAGGCGGAGCCGGCAGAUUUGGACGCUUUCUUGGCAGUUUACGAAAAAAUUGAUGCAUUGUUUGAGGAAGAAGAGGAGGAUGAGGAUGUUGAGGUGGGGCAGGCGGGUGCCGUGAAGGGGAUUACGCUCGAGGAGUUCCUGGCUUCUGGAGAUGUCAGUCGAUAUUUGGAAGAAAAUCUCAUCAGUAGAGAGGAGGUGGAGUCCAUGUGGGCUGCGGAGGCCGGCUUCCGGGGAGCAAGCGCGGGUGUCCGGGCCGUGUUGAGCGCGGAGGGAUCCAUGCGGGUGUACGCCGGGAUAGAGGACCUGCUGGAGGAGGUGGUGGACGAUGCGGAGAAGAGCGAUGAGACGCAGACGGCCGUGCCUGAGGAGAACGAAGGGAAGGAGUUGCGGGCAGAGUACAUGGCGGCGAUCGGUGGGGACCUGGAGGCAGAGAUGGACUACGCCGCCUUUCUGAGAACGAACGAGCUGCCCGACCUGCUCGAGGAGGGGCUGGUAUCGCGGGAGGAGGUGGGGUCGAUGUGGGACAAGGUCCGGUCUGAACGAGGCACGGGAGACGUGGUGGAUUUCGCGGGCUUCCAGGCCCUGUCCUCGGCCUUGGACGAUCUCUUCCUGGAGGAGGGAGAGGAGGAGGAGAAGGUCGCGCCUCGGCAGACGGCGGCAGCGGCCUACAAAGCUGCGGCCGCCGCGCAGGCCAAAGAGGCGGAGCCCGAAGGUUUGCGAAUAGUGGGCCCUGCCAAGCCGCAGUUGAAGGAAAUGCUGGCCUCGGUGCUAUUGGCGGGCCUGCUGGAAGAGGACAAAGCCCUGGACGACUACGUGGGGGCGCUGGUGGAGGCGAUGCUCGACGAGGAGGCCAACCUGGCGGCGCGGGACGAGCUGGAGAUUACAGACCUGCAGAAGGCCAUGGAGGGGGAGUGGGAGCUUGCCUACAGCACCUCACGGACCAUGCGGUACAACCGUGGCUUGAGCGGUCUGGGCAAGUCCCUGCCCAAGGUGGAGUUCCUGGGGUUCAGCCAGUCCAUCGCCGUGAACGGCUUCGCCCUGGAAACGGUCUACACGGAGCGACUGAGGACGCUGGGGAGGGACUUGAACGUGGUGGUGGAAGGGGCCUGGGAGCUGAAGGAUGUGGUUUCGAUCAUGAGCGGAGAGCUCUGCCUGAUCAUGGACGUGUUGCCGGCGACCAUCACGUACGGCUUUAUGAGGGAGAGAAUCGAGACGGGCUGGAAGGGCGUGCGGGUUUUGAACAGGUGCGAGUUGCUGUACUUGGACGAGGACUUGCGGGUGAUGAAAGGCCAGUCCUCGGACUCCUAUUUCGUGUUCAGCCGGCGGACGGAGGGGGCGGCCGACCGCAUGAGCUAG